AUGUCUAGUGCAAGACAUUUCAAGAGAUUGCUCUUGUUCUUUGACUAUUAUGAUGAACAGCAGCAAACAAUUCUUCAAAGAGUUCUUAGUGAUAUCCAGCCAUGUCUACAAGUAACGGGUCACAGUCUCUCUGAAUUUCCAACUAUGCUACAAACAUAUAUAAUGGAAUUAGAGACGCUUUCAGCUCUCCAAGCCCUUAAGAUAGUUGAGUCUAGAUCAUACAGUUCUGAAGAAGAGCAAGCCAAACUGGAUGCAACAAUUCCAAUCUUCAAUAUAGAGCAAAAAACAGCAUAUGAUCAGAUUGUAGAAAGCUUUAGUAUGUCAGCAAAUGUAAAACAGCCAAGACUCUUCUUUGUAGACAGUCCAGAUAGCACAGAAAAAUCAUUGCUUUUCAAAACAUUACUCAACUAUGUCAGAGCUCAAAAUGAAAUUGCCCUUCCUGUUGCAAGUUCUGGAAUUGCGGCAAUUCUUUUACCUGAUAGAAAAAUGACUCAUAGCAGAUUUAAGACCCCAUUAAAUGCUGAUAUAAAUUCGACAUCUGUUAACAAAUGUCUUCAAGAUAUCAUAGGUGCUGUUGAUGCUGAAAAGCAGAAUGUUUCUUUUAGUGGCAAGGUUUUUGUUUUUGGCAGAGACUUCCGUCAAGUCCUCCCAGUUGUAAAGAAAGGUUCCAGAUCUCAAACUGUAGAUCAGAGUUGUUGUGAAUAA